GUGUGGUGUUUAGACAUGUCUUGUUUCCAGAUGUUAGAAGGAGCAGUAGCAAGAAUUCUUAACCAGCUUUUAGGAAAAUACGUGGUUGACUUAGACACAGAAAAUCUCAACGUUGGAAUCUUCUCUGGACUUGUCCAACUCACAGAUCUCAAACUCAAACCAGAAGCGUUGUACGAUCUGAAGCUCCCUAUCGAAGUGAUAGCAGGCACGAUCGGAAAACUCUCGAUACAGAUACCAUGGACCACCAUAUGGGACAGCACGACCGUGAUAAACGUCGAAGACGUCUUCAUACUGGCGAAUCCGGUCGUCAACGGGAACCUUUACGACGAGGAGAAGGACAAAAUGCUGCGGAGGGCACAGAAGAGGAAGGUCUUGGCCGAUCUGGACUCCGAGAGUCACUUCAUAGGCGGCCCUUCCUCGUUUUCCGAGCAUUUGGUCUCCAACAUCUUGAACAACCUGCAAUUGAAUAUCUCGAGGGUGCAUAUCCGGUACGAGGACAAGGUUAGCUGCGUGUAUCCUCUGGCGGCGGGGAUAACCAUAGAAAGUAUCACGGCAGAGACCACAAACAGUAAAUGGAAAAGUGCACCCAACGACAGUAAAAAAGAUAAGAAUUUCUACCUGAUAAAAAUCGAUUGCAUGUCCGUCUAUUGGAACCAGGGUGUCAAUAUAAAAAAAUGGGAAUUCCCAUCCGAAUAUUAUACAUGGAAAAACGCAAUGGUGUGCAGCGUCCAACUCUACUCUUUCGUCAACGAAAAAUUCGAUUUCCUACUGAGACCGACCAACUGCAAGUUCAAAAUCACGAUGGACAAAUCGACGACUGGAAACAUCCAAAAAAUCGUAGGAGACUUCAACAUCCAAGACUGCCUCUUGCAGAUGAGCAAGAAGCAGUACGACUCUAUCUGCUCCACCGCUGACUCCCUUAAAAGGAUGCACCUGAGCUGGGAGUUCUUGGGCACGAGGCCCAAGGAAAGGAUCUCGGUGAACAAGAAGGCUUGGUGGAGAUACGCCCACAAUGCCGUUCUAGAGCAGAGGGUGAAGCCCUACAAGUGGUCCUCGAUCAAGAGGACCAGAGAGAUCUACAGACAAUACGUCGACACCUACAAGCAGAUCAUACAGAAUCCCAACGACACUGAGCUGAAACUGGAUCUACAGAAGCACGAGGAUCGGCUGUCGGUUUUGAACGUGGUCAUAGCCAGACAACACUCCAGGCUUCUGAUGAAAUCGACCAGCAUUGGAGAGAAGAACUUCUGGUCCAUGCUACCUUCGCCAGAACGUUUGAUACUGUGCGAGAAGAUUGGAUUCUUCAAUAAAUCCCCAGAAGAUCGCCCAGAAAUAGAUCACAAAAUCAACUUCCGCAUAGGAAACCUAAGCGCUACGCUCCUGGAUGGACACAGGGAAGUGGCUGUGCUGACUGCUACCCAGGCCAAUUUAACAUGGGUGCCAAAUUUCACCGAUAACCUCUACAACGUCAACCUCAAAGUCGAAGGCUUCAUCUUGGAGGGUAACACGGAUGGUGGCAAGUUGGUGACACUGGCCUCCUCCGAGCAUCUGAGCACUAGUCCUGCCUAUUUCUUAAGGGUGGAUUUCGCCAAGCUACCCGGCGAAUCUAAGGCGUCGCACAAGCUCAGGGUCAACAUGGAUUCCGUCGAGAUGGUCUAUCACGAGUAUUCUCUCGACUGCCUCUGGAGUUUUCUGGACAGUGAUUACCUCGGAGACGUUAUGGACAUACCCAAAUUGUUGUCUUCGUUCUACGCUCUUCUCGAACAGAAACUCAGGGACAACUGGGAGAUGGAAUUCAACGUUAAAAUACCGUUCCUCGUUGUCCCGGACAACGGAGAUUACCUAGGCUGCGACAAUCUGCUGAUCGUGGACCUCGGAAAACACUUGGUCCUCACCGAAAUCUGCCAGAAAACGGAGAUAGACGAAUGCGCGACCCAGAUGGAGCUGGAGGAACAGCUGUACACGAAACUCACCAUAGAAUCUAGCGAUAUACAAGUACUCCUCUGUGAUAGUAGCGAUAACUGGCGCGAAGCCAAAGACGAAAACGAUUCCGAUCUACACAUAGUUCCUAAAUGUGGCUUUAGCGCAACCACGGCCUACUGCGUGCAGUCGUUGAAGACGAUACCGAACUUCAAGUUCAGCGUGAACUUCUCCAAUUUCAAACUUAACGUGUCGGAGAGGAAGAUUGGGAUAAUCUUGAACUACUUGGGCGUAUUGGGGCCACUCAGAGAUGUUGAACGAGUGACUUCGAAGGUUCGAUUCUUGGAUGUGUUGGACCGGGUGGAGUCCAUUCAUUCCAACGACUAUUUGAGCAGCGUUCAAGACAAGGUUACCAUACAGGAACAUUCUAUGAACACCAGGAGGAAGAGUAAAGCGGACAAGCACAAUAAAGUUGCACAAAAUGUUAACAGGAGUUCUGUAGAAGAUCGAACGAAGGAACAGAACCACGAGAGUUGGGCGAGAGUUGUGGAUCUACCAGGUCUGGAAGAUAACAUCUCCCCGAACAACAAUAUCGACACACUCUGUAGGUUCAUCAUCAACGAGAUAUGCGUCGUCUUCUCUAAAUCCAGCGAUACGGUCGAUCGCCAAUACUUGGUCCUUCGGGCGGGACUUAUAACCAUGGAUUUGGCCCUUAUGACCUACGGUCCGGCUUACCAACUGUCCGUCAACACGAUUCUGUUGACGGAUAAAAUGCACACGACCUCUAGCGGCCAAUAUUUGGACCUCCUCUACAGCCCCCUACCGUCGAACAUCGACAUCAUCACAGUUUUGUAUAGGAAGGUCUCCGCAGGUUGUCCAGACUUCUGGAGUCAUUUCCAUGGGGUUGAAACAUCCCUAGUGGCCGACUUUGGAAAUGUCAACAUCCUAUUACACCAAGAAUCCAUACACACACUGAUAAAAUACUCGAAAUACUUCAGCGACAAGAUGAGGCCUCUCUUACCGCCAAAUUUCCAGAGCACACUUACCGGUAUUUACGCGAGCAUAAAAAAUUCGCUGCACAACCAUACCAACGUGCCCGUUCCACCUGGAUCUAUAAAAUUCUCCCAUUCUGCAAGACUGAUGGACGUCAACGUCAGAGUGUGUGAUUCGGAUUUCGACAUAAUCAAUAUCACGUUGUCUGGGCUUGAGAUGGACUUUCUGUUCAGGGCCAACGAACGGUUCGUUUUUAGGUCUUUCCUCAGCAAAAUUCUGGUUGAACAUCUGUCGGAAAUCACCCUGUAUAAUAAGAUUCUGUACACAGAGGAAGACAAAGUGUUCGAGAUGAAAUACGUGAGGCACGCGUCAAAUUUCAAAAAUGCUCACGAUAUAUCUCCAGGAAGAGAAGAUAAUUUCACGGAUGGCAGUUUCAAAUUUCACCUGGGGCAACUUCACUUCACGUUUCUGUACAAACUGAUAGUGCAGGUUCAGAGAUUCAUAGUCAAUUUGGAAGCUUUGGUCUACGUGAAUAGGCUACUUUUGUACCUGAAAAAAGCCGUUGCCAAUGCAACCAAGAGUUUUCAGACUAGCAGUAGGGUGCAACUAUCGCUCAACCUUUGUGGACCCAUUUUUCUUUUUCCUCAAAAAUCCUCAUCGCCAAAUGUGCUGGUUAUCGACACUGGAGAUUUUCACGUAGAGAAUUUUUUCAAAGAAGGACCCAGUGAUAUUGUGGAGAAUAUCUUGUUGAAAUGGAGUGACAUCACUGUAUCUAGAGGGGUUAUGUCUUUAUUAUCCGCCCUACAGAUGCAAGAAUCUCUGAUCGAACCCUUCCAACUCAACGUGGACAUCAAGAAGUUCACCAACGAGAAAACGCGUCAGAAAACCUGGGAGAUAGACGGCGUAAUCGACAUCAUAGAGAUCACUCUGGGCCAAAAAGACCUCAACACCAUCCUGUCCAUCUACACCGAGAACAUCGGAGAAGGACGCAUAAUCGAUCUGCUACCGGUUUCGACGGAGGCCGACGAUCGUCUUCAGGACAACGACGAGACGGUCAAGAACCUAGAGGCCUUCUUCUGCGAACCCAGACAGAGAAACGUCGUCGCUAAGUUCGCCAUGGACGGACUGAAGUUGUCGCUGUUCUUCGACUCCGGAGAACUGCUCAGUUCGCCGAUGAGGGACCUGAACCACGGCAUGUGCAAGCUGGAAAUCUGCGAUCUCGGCUUGAACUCCGUGUCUUACACCGACGGCAGCCUGGAUGGGAAGCUGUCGGUGGAUAGCGUCACCGUCACCGAGAUAGGGCCUAAUUCCAACUCGUAUGACAGAAGCAUACUGCAAUCGCCCAUCGACGAGAACAAGAACAACAACUGCAAUAUCACCGUGAACAAACCGCCAAUAAUCGACAUAACCUUCCACCAGAACAAGAACAGGGAUAAGUCGAUGGAUAUCAUCGUCGGCAGGCUGGGUCUCAACCUGUCCAUACCCUUCUGCGAGAAACUCGCCAUGUUCGUCUUGGAAUGUCUACCCAAGGACAUCGAUCUGGGCUUCGUGAACCACGGUUACGAAGCUGAAAUCUCUCCCGAACCAGACGCCAAAGUACCAGCGUGCAGAGGUCUCACAGUCUCCUUCAGACUGAACAAACCCGAACUGGUGUUCUUCGUGGAGUCCACAUCGAACACCAAGAGGUACUUCGUGACCAAAUGCGAGGUCUUGGCUGAUUAUUCUCGCCAUGCCAACCGUCUGAAUUUCGCCGUUUCGUUAUCAGGUCUUCACACCCUCUUCUACGACCUUGGGGUCCACUAUUUGGACCCUUACGUCUUGCUGAGACACUGCGACAUUGAACUCUGUAAGAAUUACUCGGAAGACAAAGGAACCUCUAUCUCAGCCUCCAUCUCCUCCAUCUACGUCCAGAUUUGCAGCGCGGUAGUUCACUCCCUGAACGACAUCCUCAACGAUAUCUGCGAACACUUCAAGGUACCCCUGGAGGAGAUGAACAACCUCAAAAUGCGCAGGGAGAACUCCUCCAACGAAGAGAUCGAAGACCUCUGGGAACCCAAGAAACUCAACGACUACGUCUUGAAAUAUUCCGAUAGCAACGACAUCCUCACCAAGAGAGGCAACGUCCACGAGGUGUUCGUCAUUCCAAGGUUCGAGAUAGUGGUCAUCUUCGAAAUGGAGGAAAUCCAAGCCCUGCUCAUCAAAUCUUCUAUAGAGGCCAGCGUUUACAACUGGUCGGAGAUUCUGAAUUGCACCUGCGAGGUGACGUUGCAGGCUAAUUAUUUCAACGAGAAAUUGCAGUGUUGGGAGCCUCUGAUAGACCCUGUGGUCAUAGAUGAGGGCGAGUACAAGCCUUGGGAUGUGCUGAUUAAAGUGUUUCAGGAUAAAGCCCUACCCAUGUUGAACAGUGAAGAAGGGAAGAAGAGGAAGAGGGUUCCGAAGACCAAAGCUUCUUGCACCACGACUGAGGAUGAGGAUUCGGGGGAUGAUAUGAUGUACCUGGAGCCCAUCAAUAAUUUCCCGAAUCGGAAUAACAGGAGGGUUAAAAAUAGUCUGUCGACGUUCUUGGAUGAUUCGGAUUCUGAAAAUGAGGAAGGUACUAUGGAGAAGCUAGCAGCUGCCAUUUCAGACUUGUUCACAGGCGACUGGAACGAAGAAGAAGACAGCGACUGCCAGCAAUCCAGCGAAAGCGAAGACACAGACAAUGAGCUCAAAUCACCAGAGCCAGAAGAAGACCUAAAUUACAAGAAAGCCCUAUACUUCCUGGUCGAUUCCAAGGAAGUUCUGAACAUCACCCUCACCCCCACCGUUCUCAAACUGUUAAAAGACAUGUUCACCCUCUACUCCACCAAGACCCUCUCCAUUGCCAACGACAGGAACGCUAUACACCUGGUGAACGACAUAGGACCUAAAUCGAGGAUCGAACUUUACGAAAAACGAACUUUCGACGACAAAGAAGAUGAGGACUUUUUGAUUUGCGCCAAGACUUUCGAGAAUAUCGAUUCAGCGCCAAACAGCCCGGUUAAGAGUAACUUUUCGGCGUUUAACAACGACCAGAAUAACGACAAAGAAAGCAAUAGCGACGUGCAGUUCGAAACAGGUUACGAUUUCAAAACCAUAUCCACCCUCCAGUUCCCGCAAGAGUCGACCAGCGAGCUGUACGAGAGGAUGAACAAGCAUUUCCUCAAGAUAUACGUCCCCAACUUCUUGCUCUUGCAGACCAACUGCUCCAAGAGUAACUGGACGAAGCUGCUCAAGCUACACCCCGAGGCUCAUAUGAACCAGGAGUUUCACCUGGUGGCCAAACACACCGUGGGCAAAAACGGGAGGAGUUUAACAGUUGGCUCACCCUUGAACAUUAAGAACGAAACUUGCUACGCCAUCAAUAUUCUGUACCAACCCUCGAUACUACAGCAGUUGAAUCUGGAGCCUGUGGGUGAUAUGACGAAUCCCUUCGAAACCACCAUGAGAAUCGCCAUUUUGGAACCGCACGAAGAGUUCAAUGUGCCCUUGUUCAUCGCUUGUUACUGCAAGUUGUUCAUUCAACCAGCUUAUGCAGAGGGCAACUAUGCAUCUUCGGGGAUCUGGUGGAAAGACCUAACCUCAGAAUUAGACUCGCCCUACAACCUCAUCUGCAAGAAGAAGGACUCCGACAAAUCCGAAGUAUUCGCUUUGAGGAUAUCGAUGGGGAAGAACUUGCAGUUGCACAAAUCGAACCUUCCGCAGUUGCCAAACUAUAUAAUAACCCUCCUACCGCCCCUGGUCAUCAACAACUACCUCCCCUACGCCAUCACGAUCACCAGCGACGUCUCCAAGCAAAACACCAAGAUCGAACCUGGGGAAAAGAGCAGUAUCUACAACCUGGACAUCUCGAACGAUCAGAAAUUGUUCGUCAACGUAAAAUGGGGCUCGGAGACUUGGGUUGGAUUCUUUACUUUGACCACGCACUUGGACGAGAAGUUCUUCGUGUUGACCUCCUCCACGUCGACCAGCAACAAACUGCUGGCCCUCAACGUCAGGGCCGAAAGGGAGAGGAGCUGUCAAAUUUUCAUAUACACCUCUUACUGGAUCGUGAACAAGACUGGGUUGCCUUUGAAGAUGAAGGCUUCUGCAAGUAACACGGUCAUGGAGAGCAACCCUAACGACAUACUUCUAUUCACCUACAAGCGUCAUGGGAGACAAACCCUGAGCGUCAAAGUUUACGAUUCCAACUGGUCCAACGAAUUCGGUCUAGAGUGCGCUGGCACCACCGGUCUGGUGGUGUGUAAAGACAACGAGAGGAAGAAGAAGUACCUCUUUUUCCUCACCAUAACGCUCAGCAAGAUGUGUCCCAGACUCACCAAGGUUGUCACCUUGCUUCCGAGUUUCCUCAUCAGAAACGAGACGAACAAACACUUAAGGAUAAUGGAGGAAAACGAAAAAACCGACCUGUGGAAUGACAUUGCGCCGCAGCAAACUGUCACUUUCUGGCCGGAAACCUCAUCCAUGCAGAUGUACGUCAAAUACAGGCAGAGCAAAGUGAUUUCCCAGCCAUUCUUCAUCUCGACGAACCACAAAACGGUACUGAGGAUGGAUAAGGGUGGUGCUAUAACGGUUGAGGUGACUGGGGGUACGUCAGAUUCCUUCAAGAUCAUUUUUUACGAUUUCACACCUGGGGACGCCCCGGUUUUGGUGCAGAAUUACUGUUCCGAUCUGUUCCUGAAGAUUCAGCAGAAAGACCAGAGCCAAGUCACUCUGCUGAGUCCAUAUCAUUCUCUGCUUUACACUUGGGAUGAUCCCACAAGGUUAAGACGGUUGGUUUGGAACGUUUACAAUAACAAAGGUUCUGGUUUUCCUCUGGAUACGUUCAAAGAUGGGUUUGGAGAGGAAAGGAUUCGUUUCCACAGCGUAACACCGUCGACAACGACCACGCUGUCUUCUAGUGAGGACUCUGACAGCUCUGACAGCGUCAGAACCACGUUAAACAAAAAAGUUCGAAAGGACAAAGUGGUCAUAUACUGGCUGUGCUACAGAAACGGCUACCAGAGGACGCUGCUCUUCACGCAAGAGUUCAGGAUAUACAACCACGUCCUAAAGACAGUUUUCGAGGAAAAGUGCAACAUGGAACUGCUCCUCUCCAUGUCCUCUUUCGGCCUCUCCGUGUUUACCUCCGAGUACUCCAAGAAGGAAAAAGUAUAUCUGGCUCUGUCGGACAUGCCAGCCGUUUGGGAGGUCAACGUGGGUCACAAAUGGAAGACUUUAACGCUGGAGUUAGCCUCCUGGAUCGAGGACAAGUACAAGUUGCAAUACAAAAAGUGUCAAUUGAAGGACUACAUCCACAUAGACUUCGAGAAGAUGUUCAUGCUCAAACCGUUCUUCGCUGAGCUCCGCCGGACCUACAACCCCGCCGUUUACUUCCACCUGAGGAGGGGAAACAGGGAGCAAUAUUACAAUUUGAAGGUUCACGCUUUGCAGAUCGACAAUAAAGAUAGCAACACUAUAGUUUUGCAGCCUCUGCCAAGCUUGGCGCUGAAGAGCUACGAUCCCUUCUUGGACGUUGCCAUUUCUAAGACUGUCACGCUUAACUGCAGUAUUUACAGAUACGUUAAGGUUACUCUGGGUGAUUUUCAUCUGAACGUCGAAAGCGACCUCUUGACUGACCUUAACCGACUCAUCGGUUUUGGUCGAAAAUUCGCUGAAGACGACGAACAUACCUACGCUAGUGAUAUGGCCUCGAUCCAUGGUCCAGUGGAUGGUUUCAAAGUAAAGAAAUUCAACCAGUACUCGAUCGUAGAAAACUUCCAACUGAACGGUUUCAACGUCAAGUUGAACAUAGCCAACAGGAGCCAAAUCGGUGUGGUGAUCAGCAACGUCCACUUCAACAAACUCCUAAACUUCCUCUUUCCCCUCAACAUCUCACCCUACAUGCCGCAAGAGGGAGUUUAUCACAAGAUUUCCUCGAUCGAAGAAUUCAACGUCGUCGACUCCUUCUGGGACGUCCUUGGGAACGUCGUCCAGAAGAUAAUAACGCAGUUCCUCCAGCAAUAUUAUUCCCACGUCCUGGGGCUGCAAGUUCUGGUCAACACCUUCGCGAUCCAAUCCUUCGCGGACAUAGCAAACAGCCCUUGCGACCCGGCCCAGAUGGCCUCGAUACUGUACCAGGGGUCCCGCUUCCUCCUCGGGCACGUCAACAUGUCCCCGGCCGCCUUGGAACAGAGCGUGACCGAUAUUUUCGCGAACCAAAGCAUCGAUUGCAUCCAACGAAUACGCAGGCACGGAUCCUACCAAAAAUCCGACGUUAUACCGAGGAGCAUCACGGCUUCCUGCAGGAAUUUCCACUCUGGGGUUCCGAUAGCCCUCAAUCAGUUGAUCGUGAGGGGUCAAAACGUGGGAAUAGGCAACGACGGCGAGAUGUUCUUCCGUACCACUGGGAAGGUUUUGCUGUCGCUGGUGACUAGGCAUCCUGACGAGAAGACGGACUGCGUGGAGCUCGCUAGGGAGGCAUUGAAGAGGGCUUCGAUUCUCGGAGAGCCCAUCAGGAUCCAUCAGAGACUCACCAGAUACAGGAACAUGCAUACUGGAUUGAGACCGAUGUCAACGUACGAAUCUUUAGGCCAAUUCCUUCUGGAAACAAUGGCCAAUUCCAGAUUCAGCCAUGACAGCUACUGGGCGCAUGGGGCUGUAGACAAAAUUGGAAAAUCCAUAUUGAUCCUUUCCUUACAACAUCUGGUAAAAAUUAACAAGUGUAGAUUGUGGGGGCCAUGGGAAAUAGAAUGGACCAUUGAACUAGAUGACAUAGUGAGCAUGCCCCAAGUUGUGGAUGCUGAGAUGAUCCUCACACUUAGACCGAACAAGCACAGGGUUUCCGAGGAAUUGAAAAUACACGGUGAUAGAGAAGCACUGAUCUGGCUCAGAGAAAAAAUAGAACAAGCUAUCAUACUCAGCAUGGAAGAUAAGUCAUGGACUGUCACUGACAAAUAAUUGAUAAAUUUAUUAUAAAAUGGUUGUACUAGUGAGAUUAUGAUAUAUAUUUUAUGUGAUGCGGAUGUUGAAUUAAAUACCCGAAUUCUUGUA